AACUUUUAUAUGUUAGAAUCGCUAAGAUAAAUAUUUCAGUCUCAUAAAUUUGAUGAAUUGUAAAAUUUCAACACUAAAGACAUUGUUCGUUCGAGAAUAAUGAAGGCAUUGUUCGUUCUUUGAAAAGAAAAAGUCUUAAUUUGAUACUUUGAUAAAGUAAAAUAAUAUUAAAAUUAUAUGAAGUUACGUUAAGUUUUUAAAGUACCUACCUAUUCAUAUCUUCUAAAUGUAAACUUCCAUGUGUUUAUAUAUAUAUAAUUUGUGUUUUUAACGUGAUGACUAUAUAAAUAAAGAUGCCGCCAAAGAAAAAGCUGGCAAAGACAGCAAACUCAACGCCACAAGUGAAAAAGAAGAUUGUACGACCUAGUCGGAAAUCUUUAAGAAACUCAAAUGCUUCAGAAAAUGCAAAUGAUGUGGUUAAAGAAGAACCGAAGAAAGAUGAAACAGCACCAAAUAAACCUAAACGGGGAAGAAAAGUCACAUCUAAAUUAAAUCAAGAAGUUAAAAUUGCACUAGCUAAUGAGGUUGUCAGAGCACAAUUUCAAAAGCAAAAUAGCUUUGGACAAAUCACGAUUACAAAUAAACCAGCUGUCAAGAAGCCAAUACUUAAACGAAAAUAUCAGAGUAAGAGGGUUGUUAGUAAAAAUGGAAUUGAGGCGUCACAAGAAACAACUGAUGGCAUUGAAAAAGGAGAGGUUGUCAGUCCUGAAAGUAAGAAAGCUAGAACUGUACGAAAGAAUUCGAAUGCAAAAAUCGCAAUUACCAUGGACAAUAGUCAAGUUACAGAUACUGUUGAACUUACCAAUAGUUUUAAACCAAAACCAACAAGAAGAAGGUUGUCGUUAAACCGCAAAAAAAUACUUCAAGGCUUAGUCAGGACUGUGGUUAACGACUACAUUCCUGAGUCUAGUCAAAACAAAGAAAAUCAUAUUCAAGAAACACCACUUGUGGAACCCAAACUGGAAGACAAAGAAACUUGUCAACUUAAUCUAGAUAUAAAUAAAGAAAACCAGGAAAUCAAUUCAAGACGAAGUUCUAUGAUCAGCUCGUCAGAAUUCUCUUGGACCAAAGACAUAUCCAGUUCCAGUACUACAACGUGUGUCACUGUGGUGUCAAAUGAUUUCUUUUGUAUAGACAAUAAGAUCCCAUUUAUAAAACUAACCAAAUUAUGUGAUUCAACAACAACUAUUACAAAAGAAGAAUCAACUGAAAGUUCCGAUUCGUCAUCCGAUAGUGAUUCCAGUAGUGAUAAACAAACAGAUGUAGAGAUUUCUUCGAAUGCAUUAAACCUGAGUACCUCAUCGUCUUGCAACGAAUCCGUAGUCAAUAAACCGUCUUGCAAUGAAUCUGCAGCCAAGGAAAUAGUAGACAAUAGGUCUAUUCAUGACAAAAUAGUUGACGUGUUGAAAACAUUUAACGCAGAACAGUGUAAUUGGACAAGUGGCAAUGAUAACUUCCAGGACACUGAUAUAUUUAAAGAACACCUAGUUAAAGAAAACGUAUUUCAAGAAGAAUUGAUGCUAUUAUCAAUGUGGUUGAAUAUAACGAAAUUAGAAACAGAGAGCAUUGACGCAAAUACAAAUAAGAAAUCAAACGAAUCCUGUAAUGCAGCUUCUGUACAGAUACAAGAAAAAUGCGACGAAAAUUUUACUAAGAAUAAAACAGAAGUGUCUACAGACAGCGAUCUGAAGACCAGACAUGCGGUCGAUGAAGAUGAUGAUGUUGAUGAUGCUUUGUCGCUCUUCGCUGAGAGCAUUGUCGAAGUGGAGUCGAAUCGCAGGAUCAGUCUGUACGCUCAGCCGCCAGAACCUCCAAAACCUACAGUGGUAGAUGAAUAUGUGCCACAGCCAAUAGUAUCUGAAGUAUUCAAGAAACCGAAACCAGUAUCUUACAAUCCGUCUAAAAUCUUAGAGCUCAGUAAAAAAACGGUUCAAAUAAGUGUUUGUGAGAAACAAAGCGCCGAUUCGACAUCCAUACGAAACAAUUUCGAUUGUAUCCCAAACGUCAAUAACUUCGAAACCAGUUCUGAGUCAAGUAAGUCGGAGUGUGACGAGCCAAGAAAAUUGCCAACUCCAAACUUCUUUGCGUCACCAAAUCCAUGCUUUACGCAUACAUCGUACAACCCAGCUGAACUCAUUAAGAGUUCGGUACUUCGUGGUGUUUGCGUAUUCAACUUAAUAGAGAAUUGCAAGAAUAGCAAUUGCAAUUUCCGACAUAUUUAUCCGGACGAACAGAACAUUGCACAUAAGCUGGAUCGCUUAACUGAUGACACGUUCGUCCAGGAGUACAUGCUCGUCAGGAAUUACAUUCAACUGAGACGUCUAUACGGUUUGUGCUUCAUCGACGCGUGUGUUAGGCGUAACCUCACCAGGUUUCUAGUCGAAAUGUCCAUCGAUUUCGUCGUGAAAUCGAACGACGCGUCCAUAACGGACGUAAAACUGAAAACGGAAGCGGCGGAGAGGACUCUACUCUACCUGAACUCCGUGGACCUGAAGCAGUGUGAAGAUCUGCUGAAAUGCGAAGUGAGACCGGGGGUGUUAUUGUGCGACGUGUACAUGCAAGUGAUUGCACAAUCGCAGAACUUCUAUAGGUUCCGGACGGUGUUUAUGAAGUUGACCAGGUACAUGUGCUCUAUAGAUAGGACGUUUGACAGUGAAGUGGCCGUCCACGUGUUGGAGCGAGUUUGUAUUCUGCCGUACGAAUUUGGCCUGAAUCGGACUUUACUCGAGAUCCUGAAGAAGACUGACCCGAUAGUGUUUUCCAAUUCGAUGUGCGGCCACUUGGAGAGCCGAUUGUUGAGCUCGAGCAAGGCGAUGUACGACGAGUUCGUGAGGUUGAAGCAAAUGAUGACCAGCGAGGUCAGCCAGAGCAGCGUGCUGGAGCAGGACGUGCGCUGCUCGCCGGAUACAACCAACUUCGACAAUAUGAACAAACUCCACGAAGAAUUCAGUAGGGCGACGGAAGUGAACAUGACCUUCCACAAUCGGUUCAAAAAAGACCGACCCUUCAAAAGUCGUUGGGGCCCCGAAGCUCCUCGGGGUCCUGUGCGUAUGCCCAACGGAUUUGUUAAGAGGCCACGUUUGAAAACACCUUUAAAUGGUUUUCACAAUCCGCUCUUUUCAAUGAGACAAAACCCUGGCCAUAUUUUGAGUAAAUUGAAUAAGAAAAAGUGAUACGUGCCGGUCUGUUUGUUUGUUUAUUUCUUACACCAAAUUGUUUUCUUGUAAGAUAUGUUACAGCUUUGUUAGUCAUGCGUAAUGGUGAAGUUUAUUUUUGUUUUUUUUUAUUUGAAUAUUAUAUCGAUUGGGCCAAUACGAUGGAGAUAGUUUCAAGUAAAAAUUAUUUCCUUUGGUUUCAUAAGUUACUUCAAACCAAAAUAAUUGGAUGUUUUUGACAAAAGUGAAGGCAAAUCUGUGAUUCUCUGUUUCACCACUUCAGGAAUUGAUUUUGUUACAAUUGUAUUCAAAAUAUUAGUGUAUAUAAAAUAUGAAAAUGUUUACUUUGUUGCUAAAAAUAAUUAUAAACAAGCGGAUCUUCCUAGACUUUUGUUUUUGAAAAUAAAAUCGCUAUUAGAAAAAACCAUUGGGGGUUAUAAUAAUCUUGGUCUUGUUGGUCCUCAAGAAUCUUAAAAUUUUCCUAGUUUUUUUAUUAAUUUUCCUUUUAGGUUACUAUAUGUAAACUCUAUUGGGGUAAUUGCGAAUUAAGGGUAAUUUCAAGUGUAAUUUUUUUAGUAGGUGCUCAUUUUGAUUCUAUACAUAUCACUCUAAAUAUUACAAGCUGAUCUGAGAAACUUUAAUCCGAUUGUAGGACCUAACAGAUAUACACAAGUAAAAAAAUAAAACAAAAAAUUUUCAAGUAAAAAAUAUACUAAACACCUAGUCACGACAUACGACUAAGACAUACUUUUCACUUUUUUGUUGUGUUGUUUCUAAAAUAAAAGUGAGUUCCAGAACUCAGAAUUCUCAACAAUUAUGAUGAUAUUGAUAUCCUUAAUUUUCAUUACCCCAAAAUUGUAGUUAUAUAAAUUUGUGCUGUUGUUUUUUUUCACUGACCAUUUAUUUUUUUUUAAAGCUGUAGAAUACUCAUAAAACUGACAUACGCGUGAGCAGCUUAGGUAUUUUUAUAUAUAUUUUUUAGACAUUCUAGCAUUAAAAGAAAAGUGCCUGUGUAAAAUAAAGUGUACAGAAAUAUGUAUUUUUAAAAGUAUUUGAACAGUACUAAGUACUAUGUGAUUGUUGUUUAUUUAACGUUACUUCGAUUUUCUUUAGGUUAGUAUUUGUAUACUACUUCAAGGCUAUUUUGGCGCGAAAAUUAGUUAUAGAAAAAGACAUUGAACAGUGUUGCUAUUUUUGUUUCCAUACAAUAAACUUUUUGUUCUUUUUCUGAAAAUAUUUUGUUGUCCACGAGUUUAAAAUUAUGUAAUAUAAAUUGUAUUACAGUAAAAGAAUAAUCCAUGCUUUACAUACCAAUAUAGCCCGUUUCGUGUAUUUUAAUUUGUCUACCUCUACAUCGAAGGUUGUCGUUGCGAAAUAUUUAAAUUUAUAUAUCUAUAAUUAUUUCUUUGUACAUUGUACAUUUGGGCCAAUUUAUAAAAUAAUUAUCAGGUGUUUGUAGAUCUUUACAUAUUUUAAUACUUAUCUCGACUGUCUUUACCAUAGAAAAGGCUCAAUUCAAAGCGGAUUUUAUGUAACGUGUCUUAAACGCAUUUAGUAUUGUUUUAUAAGGAAUAUCAUAUAGACAGUCAUACGAAACGAGUUCUGCAAAUCUUAAGUUAUAACAAAAAAGUUCCUUGUCAAGUUAAGCCUUUUUUAGUUCGUAGAAUGACAAAUCUCAAUUAUAUAAACUGUAAAUAAAUCUGGUACUCAGUGGGAGUACGUUUAUAUUGUUACUUCGUUAUAAGAGUGGUUAUAAAAUAAGUAUCUUUUGUUUCUUUUUUAAUUAAGGACAAAUAAAAACAUUAAUUCUUA